AUGGACCAUGUAAGGAAAUUGGCUUGGUCCGUUAAGAGAGCAGAACCCUUAUUUCCCAAAGUCCAACCCUUGUGCUAUUCCAAACUGUGUGCAGGAAAGCUGGAGAGUUUGCCUUGGGAUUGGGGGGCAGAGUGCACACCAGGACAUUAUUGUUGUGGAUCUAAACAAAAAACCUUCUUCACCACAGGAUUAAAGGGUAGAAUACCUCUCCCAGUAAGUUCAACAGGGAGUUCAACAGGAACAGAUGCAACUAGUGGGUUGUGUUCAAGGUUCCGUGAGCUUGGAAUAUCACCAGAGGAAGCACGUUUAUCAGCAAGAGCUGUAGUAUCUUUAGAGCACCAUGCAGUGCCUCAGCAUAAUAUUCAGGAAUACAGAUUGCCAUCUUUAGUGAAGCCAGUUAGCAUCACAGUACCUUCCUUGUAUAAUGGGAUGAUCCAGGAGAAGGAUCUUCCACCAACUCUCAACAUAGUAGAGAAGAUUGAACCCCUGGCAAAGGAGGAAGUUCGAGAAGCGCCAUCAAGCAAGGUGAUCGAGAAGCAAGCAGCUCGCUUAAUUGUAAUUCGUAGAAGGAUGAUGAACAAACACAAGCUCAAAAAGUUGCGUAAGAGGAUGAGGUUUGAAUGGUUGAAGAUCAUCCAGAAGAGGGAGUAUCGUAAAGAGAAGCUUUUCCAGGCAACACAAAUGGCCAAGAUUCGUGCCGCAGAAGCCUUUGAUGCAGCUGCCCAUGUGGCCAAUAUACUGCGCAUCACAAAGGAAAAACCUAUCCCCAAAUUUUGGAAAGGGAAGAGGCUGCCAGCAGAAAUUAUAAAGCAGCUGAUGGAAGAGGAAGAAUUGAAGAAGCAAAAGA